AUGGCUAUUUUCAUUCAAAAACUCCUUGCAACCAAAAUUCCCAUAUCUCUUCUGUUAACCAUCACAAUAUUUUCGCUCUUUCUUUUUAACAAGGUCAAAUCAGACAUUUCCUUCAACUUCCCCGCUUUUGGGCCAGAAGUUGUUAACGUCAUAGGUUUAUCAAAUGAAGCCACUGUAUCAAAUGGAGCAAUUCAACUAACUAAGAAGGACCAAAGUGGCAAUCCAUUCCAACACAGUGUGGGCCAAGCAGAAUGGAUCAAACCAAUUCGUAUACACGACAAAAGCAGUGGCAAAGUUGCAGACUUUGCCACCGAGUUCUCCUUUGUGGUGAACAAAAACGGUAAAAAAGAUUACGGGGAUGGAUUUGCCUUCUUUUUUGUCUCACAAAACUUCAAUUUCCCUGACUCAAAGCAAUCAGAAGGUGGGUUCCUAGGAAUGUUUACCCCUGACACUGCAUUCAGCUCAAACAAUCAACAAAUUUUGCUUGUUGAAUUUGAUAGCUUUUCAAAUGAAUGGGACCCCGAUCCUGUGACUCAGUUUCCUCAUUUAGGAGUCAAUGUCAAUUCUAUUAAGUCAUUGGUAACUGUGCCAUGGCUGAGGAAUUUUAAACCCGAUGAUACAGUGACAAAUGCACGCAUAGAGUAUAGUUCUGAGGCCCAAAAAUUGACUGUCACGGUAACUUAUCCUAGUAGUGUACCACUGACUGCCGAUACACUCUUCACGCAUGACGUUGAUUUGACUGCUGUUCUACCAGAAGAAGUUCAAAUUGGAUUCUCCGCUGCCACUGGUGACUUGGUGGAGACACAUGAUAUUCUUUCUUGGUCUUUUACUUCAAAUUUGUAG